AUGCUAAAGAUUAAUUCAAAGAAUGGUUAAAUGAAAAUGAAGAUUGAUGAAGGGACUAAUGUUAAAGAUAUCUUAGAAAUAAUGUAAGAUUAAUAUUAGUAAUUAUUAUUAUGAAGAGUUUAGGAUACAAAAAAAAGUAAAGCAUUGGACUUGUUAUUCAUUAACUAAAAAAUAAGUGUUAAAUCAUCAAUAUGUGUUUAAAAACCAAGAAAAUCAAGAACUUUAAGUCUUUUAUGAAAUAAAGGAGGAUUUUUCAGAUCUUGAUUAAUAAAAGCAAGAACAAACUUUAAAUUCAUAAUUAUCCACAAAUAGACAAUCUACACAUCGAUCUGAGGAGAAUUGUUCAUAUAAAAAAAUAAUCAUUCUAGAUGGUUUAUAAUAAUGUUUAGAAAUAGAAGAUUAAACAACAAUCAAAGAGUUAUUGGAAUACUUAGCAAAAGAAAAUAAAAUGUAUUAUAUAUAUAAGAUUAAUUAUUUUAGAGAAAUAUAAGAAGUCUAAUAAUGGUCUUGUUUUUCAGAAACAUAAAAUAGAAUUAUGAAAUUUUGCGAAUAAGUAGGAUGUUUAGAAAAUGAAGUAUUGUAAAUUAAAACUAACAAACCUAAAACUCAUCAACUCAUGCAUACUUAAUCAUGCGGCAAUCUUCAUAUUCAAAAAUAAUAUUUAUUAAUUUCAUAAUAAUUACUUAAGACAGAAGAAAGUCUGUUAAAUUACAUAUCAACUAUUACUCUCACAUAUACAAUUUUAGAUAACAAUGUCGAACGAGAACGAACUGCAUUGUUUUUAAAUAGCUCAAAAAUUGAUGAAAUUGCAAAAGAUACUCUUUAAUAUACUUCACUUUCAAUGUAAUUCGUUUGAGUAUUUUAGUAAAAAAGUUUCAAUUGAUAUUUUUAUAAAUGGAUAAUAGUAUAACAAUCCAGACAAAAGAAAUAUGACUUUUGAAUAAAUUCAAUUGUCAAAACAGGAUAAAAUAAACGCUUAAAUUAGGUGGCUUAAUUGA